CUAGAACGACCGUCUCCCCCACCUCUUCCACGUGCCGACCAGCGCGAGUUUGAAGAGAUGGUCCGGGCCGCUCAAGCUCCUUUAAGCCAGCGCAGCGCAGUUGCAGAUGCAGAGGCCGAGUUGGCGCUUCAUCCUGAUGCUCGCGAGCCUCUGGCGCCGGAAUUCGAGGGUGAUACGAACCCUGCAACAGGAGAGAAGGACGGGCCGAAGAGAGAACCUGUAAGGAAGUGGGUGGAAAGCGAAGGCGACUGGAGCUUCAAGGGAAGGGUCUCUGAUUUCUGA